AUGAAAGAUCCAAAAGCAAUUGAGAUUAAUGAAGAAUUCAACAACUUCAUGAAGAAAGUAGGGGAAGUUUCAAAGCUGGUGAAAGACCUAUCCAGCGGUGACAAAGCGAGAGCUGACCGUGCACAAGCUAUAGCCGACGAAUAUUUGUCGGGCAAAAUAAUAUUGGAUGACGACGUGCCUUUAAAAGUAAAAACCAACCGUACUGUGAUUAAUCAGAAGGCUUUCAAGACUCUCGAUAACAAAGAUGCGGGUGAAAUGGACAAAGACGUUUGGAUGGCAGAAAUGGGCAGAGAUGCGGACAGACGUGCAGAAGACCGCAAGAUUCGCCGCGAGAAAGCGAACACUUUGAAGACUCGCGCAGUAAAGGCGUUCCGCCGUGAAGAGUACGAUAAAGCGCUAUCUUGCUACAAUAAGGCUAUAGAACAGGUUAAAGACGACCCUAUGUUGUAUUGCGACCGCGCGCUGACUAACAUCAAAUUGCGAAAAUUUGAACAGGUUUUCCAAGACUGCGAUUGGGCACUUCGUCUUAAUGAGAACAGUUUUAAAGCUCGAAUUUACAAAGCAAGAGCAUACAAAGAACUUGAGGAAUUAGAAAAAUUAGAAGAAUGCAAAAAAGAGCUGAAUGAUAAAUUUCCACAGCACCAAAAACUUGUCAAAUACUUUCUUGAAAAGAAGGACGGUGAUUUCGAAGAAGAGCAAGAGGAAGAUGACGACUGA